UGCUAUGAGUCAUUCGAUGGAAGGCAGAGUCGGGGAUACCGCGCCUGUCUGCCGGCUGCUUGCUAGACGCACUCCGUUCACCGUGUUGCGCUUUUUACGGAAUACUUUGUGUUAACAUAACCACCAGCAAUAAUAGUGAUAAAUAUGUGUGUUCACAAAAAACGAAGAAGAUUUAUUUAAAAAUUCUUCUUCCGAAUAUUUUGUAAAUAUUUUUGUGUUUCCGAAGUUGGAUAUCAUGAUAACAACCAUGACGUCAUUCAUACUUUUGAAGACAAAUUCUUUUUUGUUGAGAAUGAACAGAGAAGAUAAUGUCAACUGGUUCCAUGGGAAAAUAUCUCGAGACACAGCUGAGAAGCUGUUGAAGGAAGAAGGAGAGGAUGGUGUGUUCUUAGUUCGUGAAAGUAACACUUCCCCUGGAGAUUAUGUGCUCUCAGUUUUGCAUCAGGGUGAAGUAGUCCACUACCAAAUCCGCAGACAUGGGGAGGAUGCCUUCUUCUCGAUUGAAGAACACACUACCGUCCAUGGCCUGGACACGCUCAUUCAGCAUUACCGAGGAGACUCCAAUGGACUCGUCACCAGAUUAUCAGUUGUGUGCAAGGGACAACCACCACCUCAUGAAUCUCGGACCCAGGGCACUACUAAUUUGCUGCAUCGUGCGACAGAAGCCGGUGACUUCAACAUAGUGUCCCAGAUGUUGGCAUGCGGCUACCGCAGUCGCGACGCUAAGAACCAGGAUGGUCAAACGGCCGUGCACAUCGCAGCCAGAGCCGGGAGGGACAAUAUACUUGCCAAGCUGAUAGAGAGUGGAGCCACCGUCAAUGUUCGUGAUUCCUUUGGAUAUACGCCUUUACAUUAUACAUGCCAGAACAACUUGCCUAGCACGACGGAACUGUUGAUAACGAAAGGGAAUGCUAACUAUCAGAUGAGACACGCGCCCACCGGCAAAGUGCCUCUACACGACGCCGCGCAGAGAGGACAUAUCGACUGUAUUAAGGUACUUCUAAAGCUAAAAGCGCCGGCGCAACCGAGGACACUGGCACAUGACACGCCUGCUGACUUGGCUAAACAUUAUGGACACACAGAAUGCUAUCAGUUAUUGAAAAACCACCAGCCAGAGACUCCAGCUACAUCCAAGAAGUAUUGGUACCACGGCACGUUGAAUCGCGAGGAAGCUGUGAAGAUUUUAGAGGAGUACUGCAAACAUCACAAGGUGGAAGGCAAGUCUUCCGACGGUGUGUUCCUGGUGCGGUACAGCGAGAGACAUACCGGCGCUUAUGUACUCACCAUGCUGAGCGAAAAUACUCCUUAUAACUUUAUUAUUAGGAAAGAGGCUAACUGGCUGUUCAUUGACGAUGGGCCCUACUUAGAAUCAUUGGAAAGGCUGAUUGAGCACUACAGCACAGUGCCAGACGGUCUCCCUACUCGGCUCACUACUCCUGUGCCGCCGAAACCUAAGCCACCUCUACCUGAAUUCUCCACGAUGCCAAGAACAAAGAAGCUAGCUUCGAGCCGGGCAACCGUCAACCAAUCUCUCUCUCUAGUAAAACAUGACAUACUGAGCGACAAGCAAAUGUCUGCUCAAACAUCACCGCCGACCUCCAUACAAUCCAACAAUAAUAUGUUCGAACUACUUACGAGAAACCUUUCUUUCUCAUCUGACUUCAACAACGAUAGUAUUAAUAACAACGAUGUUUCUGCCGAAGACAACGACACGUAUAAAGUACCGGCGAACAAUAGUGCAGUGGUCACGUUACCGGAGAACUAUAAUGAGAUUUCUAUUGAUUCUGAUGGCCAGCUAUCCACACUGCAGGAAUUCAUCCCAAUGAGCGAGCUAACACUCGGCGCAGUACUAGGCGAGGGCGAGUUCGGGUCCGUGCUCCGCGCCACGUACUCCCCGCCCGACGCCGCGCCGCAACACGUCGCCGUCAAGACCUUGCACAUGCAGCACACCGACACCAACAAGAAGGAGUUCCUGUCCGAAGCUAAGGUCAUGAUGUCGGUCCGACAUCGCUGUAUUGUGCGGCUCAUUGGCGUGUCUUUGGGUCCACCAUUAGCAAUGGUACAAGAGUUAGUGCCUUUGGGUUCUUUAUUGGAGUUCCUGGUACGUCACCCAGAGAAAGCGUCUCCCGGGUACGAACUGAGACUGUGGGCGUGUCAGGUAGCGGCCGGCAUGAGAUAUUUGGAAAGGCGUCGCUUUGUACAUCGUGAUUUAGCUGCGAGGAACAUUCUGCUUGCUAGCAGACACCAAGCUAAAAUCAGCGACUUCGGUCUCUCUCGAGCGUUGUCAACGGACAGCUCAUAUUACAAAGCUAGUCGCGGCGGCAAAUGGCCAAUCAAGUGGUACGCGCCGGAGUCGUAUAACUACGGCACAUUUAGCCAUGCCAGUGACGUGUGGAGUUACGGUAUCACACUGUGGGAAAUGUUCUCCUAUGGGAAACAGCCGUAUGGAGACAUGAGGGGCAUGGAGGCUAUACAAAUAGUGGAAAGUGGUAAGCGGUUGGAAAGACCAGAGGACUGUCCGGACGAGAUAUACCAAGUGAUGCUGGACUGCUGGGCUUACAACCCUGACGUGAGACCCACUUUCAGCCAACUGGUCGAUGUAUUCUCCCAACACCCGGACUACGUGAAUAUCAGCCAACUAGCGCUAGAGAACGAAGACGCUAUCGUGUAAGCAAUAAGGAUCAAAAUGUAUUUAUAUAUAGGUAGGUUCAAUGUAUUCGUAGUUCGAACAAUACUUCGUCACAUGAUUUCAAUAAGGUUACUGCAUUUUGCUACAUGAAGAUAUGUAUGUGUUUACCUUCAUGUUUGAUCUAAAAAUGGUAUGUGUUGAUAAAUGCAAUCGGAUUGUCUUGUAGGCAGUCGACAAACUUCUGACAGUAUAUCUAUACCUCUCUAUUAGCAUAUAACGUGCCUAAACUUCUCGUAUUCAUACAUAGGCAUGCAAAACAUGUUUACAACGAAAUAAAUUAGUCUCAAUUAGUUUGGGUAGUGGAAAUAUUCGCGUAAUAAUCAGAUAUGACAUGCCAUGAUGUGCCUGAUUAUGUAUUAUUAUGUAACUAGACAUAAGACGUGUAAAUAGGGUAGUUUUGUAGUUUCAGUACGUGUGUAUUUCGAUUUAUUUAUAGUUUCAUUUCUAAUAUUAAAAUUGCGUCGGUAGUUUAUUGGAAUAGCAUUUGUUAUAGGAUAUUGAGUAUUUACUUUUAAUCAUUGUUUUGAUUUAUUUGACUAAUCAUGCAUUUCCAGUUCAUGUUCCUUUUAUAGCCAAAAUGUAUAUAAAUCAUUUUAUAUUGAUAUUAUUUUUACUGUCUUUUUAACGCUACUUAAAUGAACUGUACAUUCCAUUUUCUUACAAAAUAUACCUUUUAUUUAUAAAUCAAUAGAUUGAAUACUAAUGUUGACAAUGUGAUGCUUGCUUAUCUGAUUCACUUGCUAUCUGAAUUUUGUUUUAAUUAAUUUAAUGUUCACUAUUGACAAUUUGGGCGCCUGAAAUAGUUCAAUAUUAUAAUUUUACCAGUGUUUGGGAUCCACAUGCCAUGGGAAUGCCAUAGUUUACAAAUAUAAAUUGCCACAAGGUUGUGUUAUGUAAUGUACAAAAUUCUAUAGAGUUACCCAAAUUAUAUCUAUUUUAAUUUUAGAGAAUUUAUAUUAAAUUCUAUGAGUCUGACUUAGCAUAUUAUAUAUUAACUUGUAUAUUAUGACAGAUCAUAUAAUUAUGUUAAUGAAUCAAAUGUGAUAAUGGUAUUUAUAAAAUAAAUAACGAUUUUAUAAA